AUGAUAAAAUAUCUAGGCUUACCACUGGUAGCUGUUGCGACGAAAUUCGACCAGCUUUGUCCAAAGAUAUAUGAAGAUGCUGAUUACGUAUAUAAGAGCCCAAAAGCUCGCGAUGAGACAAAGGAGGUGUCAUUAGCUUUAGGUAUUCAGAUGAGACAUGUAUUCCCAAUUGUCAACUACAUUGACGAUCGUGAUAUUAGUAUAGGAAAAAAUCGCUUGGCUCUCCAGGCCUUGAAUACAAUGGUUCAAAUGAUACAGGAUCAUCUUCAGCACAACAAAGGAAUUGUUAAAAGCAAUGACAAGUGGGAAGAGCGAGAGAAACGGCUACCUCCUUUGAGACAUUUAAAUGAAAAAACAAUUACACUGAAGAAAUUGCAAGAUGAAAUGUCAGAGCUCGGAGACAGCAAAUUACGGAUUCUUGUCGUCGGACCGACAAAUUCUGGGAAAUCAAGUUUCAUUGAUUCGAUUUCGUCGACACUUAGGGAUGAUAUUGUAAAUAAGGCGGUGGGAGGACGCUCGGCUAGUUGGGGACCCGAAGGCGUCUCUUCCACAGAGAAGUUUCAGAUGUAUCCGAUCAAAUACAAACAUGAAUCAGGGCGCCUCAAAAGUAUCAACGUAUCCUUUGGAGACACACCUGGAUUUCAAGAAAUGGGAGGCAUUACAGUGGAUCAUGUCAACUGUAAAGAUAUUCCAUACAUAGUCGUUUUGACAAAGGGCGAUAAGGACAACCAAGUGGUAAUGACAGCCAAGCGCCGUGUUUUUGGUAGCAAAACCGUUAAAGAGUGCAAAGAAAAACUCAUGGACCUUUUUAAGCUGAGACAGAGUGUAAUUUUUCCUGUUGUUAAUUACGUUCAUGAAACUGCAGUGGAUCUUCAAGCUGAUGCUCUUUUAAUAGCUGCAUUCAGUGAGAUAUUGAAGAUAGGAAUGGAGUAUUUGGAGGAAAGUGAUGUGGAAAGUUAA